GCAUCGUUGCUUACUGUCCACGCGCUUCGGAAAUAUCAUAUUUUUGUCCCCAACCGGUCUCCCUAAUCCUCCAAACCAAACAUUUUCUUAACUUCCAAACAAUGAACUCUUCUCCCUCCGUCAUAUAUUAGGGUUUCAAUUUCGAAUUAUCUCCUUCUCGCCGGCUUCAGUUCACUCUUCUUAUAAGCUCGGGUUUUAUUUGCAACAUCACCAAACCGAAGCUAGGGUUUCUUAGGAUUGUGUUUACAAUUUGUUAUUAAAUUUUAAAUUACUAUGUGGUUUUAAAAUUGGAUCUUCGAUUUUUCCUCUGGACUUGGAAUUGGGGUUUCCGGCUUGCCAUCGUCAACAUCGGCAACUGCGACACGUUCCUAUUUUGGCCAACGUGUUGUUGAUGUGGAUGGUGGUGGCGAUCCAGGCGUGCAUUGAUUGAUUUAUACUGGAUUGAUAGCGAUGUGGGGUUCCAAUCUAAAUGGAUGUGAUACAAUUUUGUGUUUCUUUCAUCUUGCUGAAUGGCAUCCAUUGGAAUAGCGAAGCUGAUUAGGGCUUGAAGCCCUUACUCUGCCUGCUUUUUCUUUACUGGAGGUUUUGGGAUCAAUUUUUUUUUUUUGUGUUCCUGAGAAUUAUAGUGAUUGCAAAAAAAGAAAAAGGAUUCAUUCUUAGUGAGAGUUAUACUAUUGGGAGAUUGAUGGGCUGCUGCAGUUGUUUUGGUUUUACUCGAAAACCCAAAAGGCGACCCAGGCCUAUCUCUGUGGCUAAUUUUCGGCCAUCCCAGGAAUUCUUGUUAGAUGAGGAAAUAGACGAUGAGGAUGAUGGUUCAUAUAAUGGCGAGAUAACUGAUACUGCUCAUCGGGAUGUUGAUGCCGAUGGUGGUGAGUUUCCAAGCCGCUUGAGACGUUCUGAGGAGAUAUUAAAGUUUAGAGAACAGAAUGGAUUUAUUUGCAGGCAAUUUCCUGUCAAGGAAACCCACAAAGUUGUACGCACAGAGGAUGAAAAUGGUAAUAAAGUGGUCAACGAGUAUGUUCGUGAGUAUAAAAUUGGUGCUGGUAGCUAUGGAAAAGUGGUUUUAUAUCGGAGCCGUGUAGAUGGAAAGCAUUAUGCAAUCAAGGCCUUUCAUAAGUCUCACUUAUCAAAGCUGCGUGUUGCACCUUCAGAGACUGCUAUGACUGAUGUUUUACGUGAGGUUUUAAUAAUGAAAGUGUUGAACCAUCCUAAUAUUGUCAAUCUCAUUGAGGUGAUUGAUGACCCAACCACAGAUCAUUUCUACAUGGUUCUAGAAUACGUCGAUGGCAAAUGGGCAUGUGAAGGUUGCGGUCCUCCUGGUGGUAUUGGGGAUGACACUGCUAGAAAAUACUUACGGGAUAUUGUAGCUGGCCUAAUGUAUCUCCACGCACACAAUAUAGUGCAUGGAGAUAUUAAACCUGAUAAUCUGUUGGUUACUCGCACUGGUACGGUGAAGAUUGGAGAUUUCAGUGUCAGCCAGGUGUUUGAGGAUGAUAAUGAUGAACUUCGCCGUUCUCCUGGGACUCCGGUCUUCACUGCACCUGAGUGCUGUUUAGGUUUAACCUAUCAUGGGAAGGCUGCUGAUACUUGGGCGGUGGGAGUUACAUUGUACUGUAUGAUACUGGGACAAUACCCUUUUCUGGGAGAAACGCUACAGGAUACCUAUGAGAAGAUUGUUAAUAACUCCUUAAUACUCCCGGAUGAGAUAAAUCCACAGUUGAAGAACUUACUAGAAGGCCUACUUUGCAAAGACCCAAAUCAAAGGCUGACUUUGGAUGAGGUGGCACGACAUGCGUGGAUCAUAGGAGCAGAUGGGCCCAUCCCUCAGUAUCUGUGUUGGUGCAGGCGCAAGAGCCUGGAUAAAGUAGAAUUUGAUGAGAUCAAAGACGAUGCUGACAUGACUGACACAUUCUAACGAAAUUGACUAACUAGUUUGGAUUUGUUGUUUUCGUACAGUAGAACUAUAGGCUCUUAUUUAUGUUUUGUUUUGUUUUUAUUUCACACUUGGCCAGAGAGAGGCAUAGCAAGUGCUUAGAAUGUGUAGGAGUGUGCUGUUGUUUGGGUUUUAAACUUGAGAUAAACAAAGGUUAGCUGAGAGAACAUUGUUCAUCUUAUGCAGGCUCUCAAUAUGUAUUGGUGCAUUAGAACCUCCGGGACCCCAGGAGUGAGUUUGUAUACCUGGGUUGUAGA